GAGCAACAAACAAGAUGGCGGAUAAUCGCGAUGUUGCAACUCUAGCGAUAGUUGCCGUCUUGUUAAAGCGGAAAAGGCGGCAAAGACGCAAAAGAACGAUUUGGGAAAAAGAGUGGCUUAAGCGAAGAAUAAAUUUCAGCGCUUAUAGGCAAAUUGCAACUAAGCUACAGCUAGAAGAUCCUGAAAACUAUCGGAGAUAUCUUCGUAUGGACACGGCAACGUUUGAGAAAAUGCAGAGCAAUUGACCAGUUUUUUACAUGAUGAGUCAUUUCCACACCAGCACACUCCAACAGAGGACUCAAAUGACAUUAUACAAUCAGUGGAACUAAUGUCAUCCAAACUUGAAGAACUCCCUUCAGAGCCCUCUUUAUUACACGUGGUGCGCCAGAUGAAGUACUGGUCGUCAUUGUUUGUAGGAAUGAUGAAAAGUGGCAGUACAAGUGGGUUUCCAUCUACAUCUGCUGCCAUGUCUGUGGUGCCGUCUGCUGCCAUGUCUGAGGUGCCGUCUGCUGCAAUAUUUACUGUGCCAUUUGUUCCCUAUGUCUGCAGUGCCAUCUGUAGGUGUUAGUGGUGCAAGUGCUCUAAGUGUUAAUGGUGUUAGACCUGUAGGUGUUAGUUGUGUUAGACCUGUAGGUGUUAGUUGUGUUAGACCUGUUGGUGUAAUUGGUGUUAGACCUGUAGGUGUUAGUGGUGCAAGUGCUGUAGGUGUUAGUGGUGCAAGUGCUGUUGGUGUUAGUGGUGCAAGUGCUGUAGGUGUAAUUGGUGUUAGACCUGUAGGUGUUAGUGGUGCAAGUGCUGUUGGUGUUAGUGGUGUUACACCUGUUUACAUGUAUGCUGUCCCGUCCGUCAGUGUGAGUACUGUGAGUACUGUUAUGAGUGACAUGGAAACUAAUGUAUUGUACAUGGAGUACAACCCUCAAAAUCUUAUUUUUCGGGAUUGGCUUGGCUCCCUUGUAAUACCAACUCCAUUAGACUCGUUAUCGCAAGUAAAAGUGGUCUUGGAAAAUGGUGCCCGCAACUGCCCUCCACUGAAGAAAUUGACAAAGAAAAUGAGAUUAUUUUAUCAACGGGCCACCAAAUCGACUAUUUAUAGUCAGGGAGUUAAAAAAAAAGACGACUACCGCAAGUACUUCCAUCGGAAGAUAAACCGAUGUGACGCAGCCACAAACCUUUUGAUGACAUAGAAGAGGCCGAGUUCUGGUUUGGUGGUGGUAAACAAGACAUGGUCAAAAAGGUGCCGCGGGUAACAACUGCACUCCACCAGAGCAAGAGACCACCACGUUUACCUGUAAAGAACUGUUACGCAAGACAAGAGAUGAGCUGUUGUAACUUGUUAAGGGAAGGACAGGUAGAGAGAUGAACCCACGCACCAGAAAGGCAGAUCUGGUUAACAUGAUUGAGGGUUUCUGAAUUUAAAUAAAUGAGGCGUAAAUAAACUUGAAUGCAAAUGCAAGUGUGAGGUAUUACCGAGUGACAGGAGUGUAUAUAUGUUGUAAAUCUAUUAGCUACAAUUUCUCAAACAAAUAAAUGUAACGAGAGUCAGGCAAUAUCUAAAUGAAAUAAAUAUCGUAUAACUCA